CGUGCGGAACCCACUUCCUCUCCGCGGCCCGGUGGCCCGGAUGUUUCCGUUGUUGGGGGCAGCCGAAGACGCGUCCGCUUUGAACGGGGAGCCGUUGCGGCACUGCUGCCGCCAUGUCGUCUCCGGGAGGCCCCCUGGAGAAGCCGCAGAUCAUCGCGCACGCGCAGCAGAGCUUGAACUACACCGCCUUCGAGUGCAAGUGGGUGCCGAGCAGCGCCCGCCUCGUCUGCCUGGGCAGCUUCCCGCGGGGCACCGGCGUCGUCCAGCUCUACGAGCUGCAAGGCGGCCGCCUCCACCUGCUCCGCGAAAUUGAAAAAUCAAAGCCUAUUAAAUGUGGAACCUUUGGUGCUUCUUCUCUGCAACAAAGAUACCUAGCUACAGGAGAUUUUGGUGGAAAUUUAAACAUAUGGAAUUUGGAAGUUCCAGAAAUCCCAGUGUACUCUGUGAAGGGACAUAAAGAAAUAAUCAAUAGUAUUGAUGGCGUUGGUGGCUUAGGAAUCGGAGAAGGAGCACCAGAAAUUGUGACAGGAAGUCGUGAUGGGACUGUGAAGGUGUGGGACCCGAGACAAAAAGACACUCCUGUUGCCAAUAUGGAACCAGCCCAAGGAGAGAGCAAGAGAGACUGCUGGACAGUUGCACUUGGUAAUGCUUAUAAUCAAGAGGAACGUGUUGUAUGUGCCGGCUAUGACAAUGGGGACGUCAAGUUGUUUGACCUUAGGAACAUGACAUUGCGGUGGGAGACCAACAUCAAGAAUGGGGUAAUGUUUCACAAAUGUAUGUCUAAAUGUCCAUCUUUUUUAUUUUAUUUUUGCAAUACAGAUACUUCUAGUCUGGAAAUUAUGCUUAGUUGAUUAAAAUUAAGCUGCAGAUUUAGUUAUUUUUUUCUGUUCACUUUUUUUUGGUAUGGCAACAAAAUACUGCUUUUUGUAUGACAGAAGUCAUUACAAGUUGCUAAGUUUACCUUUGUUCCUCAAUACUUUGUAGUUCAGGCUUUUGAAAUGACAUUAAAGGAUGUCUUUGUUACAAGGCAUGGAUCUGUAAAGGAAUCUAGAUCUACACAGUGCGAAUGAGAAAUAUACCAUAUUUUCCCAUGUAUUAGAUGAGGUUUCUUAACAAAAAAAUCGUGUCAAAAAACUGGGGCCAUCCAAUACAUGGGUAGUGGCAUGGGGGGGGGGGAGAGAAGCGGUGCACCCGCCAGCCAGACGUUUGGCGGGAGCGCAACUUCCCCUGAUGCUGCAGCGAGCGUGAAAUGAUCUAGGGAGUGUUUCCUGCCCGCAGCUGGCAACUUCCCCCGAUGUUGGCUGGCUUACCCCAAUGCUGCUGCGCGUGGGAACCGAUCUAGAACAGGCAUCCCCAAACUGCGGCCCUCCAGAUGUUUUGGCCUACAACUCUCAUGAUCCCUAGCUAACAGGACCAGUGGUCGGGGAAGAUGGGAAUUGUAGUCCAAAACAUCUGGAGGGCCGAAGUUUGGGGUGCCUGAUCUAGAGAGUGUUUCCUAUGCGCAGCAGCAUCGGGGGAAGCUGCGCUCCAGCCAACCGGCUGGCUGGCGGGAAAUGAUCUAGGAAGUGUUUCCUGCCCACAGCUGCGUGGGGGGAGAAGCUCAACAACUCUGGCCAAUCUCUCCUUAUUUUCUUAAAACUGAGUCUCAAAAAUGGGGGGGGGUCCCUUAUACAUGGGGGUGUCUUAUAGACGGAAAAGUACGGUACUUCACUAAAUGAAAAGUGCAGUUCUAUACAGAGUUCAGGGUACCCAAUCCUGUUGGCUGGGAUUCCCUCCUUUCCCCUAAAAAUCUUGCAGUGGAUCUUGGGCCUGUGUUUCUGGAAUGGCAAGCCCCCAUGCUACAUGUCAAACCACUCCUGAAACUGUUGUAGUCUCAAAAGCCAGAUUACAGUUGAUCAUGGAGGCCUGCUGUUCUAACAGGAAUCCCACUAGGCAUGCCUAAGCUUUUGGGUUGCUCCAAGGUCUAUAGUUACACUUCCCUUGGCAAGUGUAUUUGCUGCCCCCUGUCAGAAAUUCCCAAUUGUGUAGCCAGAGAAACAGCUUGAGGUUGUCUUUACUGUUGCACUGUAUUUUGGAGGUGCAGUGCAGAGUGCAGUGCAACCGCAGUGAAAAUCUCCAUGGUAGGAAAGGAAAGCACAGAAGCACACCUAAAAAAUGACAAGCCCCCCUCUUUUCAUUUUGAGCUGAUGAGCAAGGCUGGACUUGUUAUGCUUGCCUCUACGCUUCUGUGCUGCUCCAAUCACCUGAGAAGCUAAAGAAGAAAAUAAGCCCCAGCCUGGUCUACAGUUGGAAUUCAAGGCAUGGGGCAGGCAUCAUCCUAGCAUUGUGUUGGCUUAUGAGGCUGCUUCUUAAAUUGCCCUACAAUUCAGGAAUAUUCUUCCCUAUUCCAAACUUAAAGAGUCAGGGAGGGUAGCAGGUGAUUGCCCAUAACCCUGGAUUGUACUGUGACAAUUGGGGAAGGACCCUUGGAAAUGGGUCAGGAUGCCAGAGACUGCGUAGUUUGGGUUGGCUGCUACAGCCAGCCAAAACUUGUGAAUCCCCUUUGAGAAGGAGGAAGAGGGUAAGAGGGCAGGCACAAACUCAGGGCCUGUUCCAGCUGGACUGUCUUCCCACUCUACCCCACCCCAGUCAACUUUACAUGUUGUAUCAUUUAUUUUGGUCCUUUAAAAUUGUAAGCUGCCUUUGGUGCCUUGGCACCAAAGGCAAUAUAUAAAUGAAAUGAAUAAAUAAAUAAAUAAUAUGUAUAUAUAACUAUACCCCAGAAACAUCACUUUGAUUCUAGCGAUUGUGUCCAGGCAUACCUAAAUGUGCAUAGGAUUGCGCUGCAUGCCUUCCAUCUUGAGCACUUUCUCAGUGUCCGCUUCUAAAUAAACAGAGUUAGGAUUGCCCUGCAGUUCUGCUGAAGUC